AUGGACGUAGACGACUCGGCGGUGGAUCUUAGUGUAAGCAGAUCACUUCCUCCAGAAUUGAGUGAACUAAGGGCAUUAACAGCAAGUGGUUUGACCAUUACACCAGCUCAACCUCCCCCUCAUAUCGAUAGAGUAAGUAUAAAUGGCGCAAGCGGGAAGAGGGUUCUGCGUCCAAGAUCAGAACAACGUAGCUAUGCAGAGAGCCCUGAUAUUGUCCUAUUGCCUGCGGCGCCUCCGCAUCGCAAGCCUUCACUGCCCCCACCUGCACCUUUUACAGACGUGAGCAGCAAACUGAACUCAAGUGCAGUAAACGUCUCUAUCACACCAAGUGCACCAGUGCUGCCCGAAUCCCCUCGUGACCCUGCUGAUGAUGAGGAGUCGGAGGAGGAGAAUGAGCCUCCUAUACCUGUGCCUGGGCAUAGAGAGUUAUCAAGUGCGGAAAUAUGGGAGCGUGAGCGUAGACUGCGUGCGCUGAGAGAGAAGCUGCGCGCAGAGGAGACUCGACUGGUGCUACUGCGCAAGCUGCGUCAGAGUCAACAAGCUGCUACUUUACCACCGCCUAAGGAAGCGGGCACAGCGGCCGCGGCGGCGGGCACGGCGCUGGCGGGCAGCGGCUGCGUGGUGCCGCCCGGCGUCACCGUCACGCCCGCGCCGCCGCCCGCGCACCAGCAGAGCAAGCGUUCAAGCGCAGUGACAACGUCCCUACCAACAAACAACGUGUCGAGACGCUCUUCCUCGUUGCCUGGCGGCGCCACGCUCACGCCAGGACCCUAUCGUACGCAGUCGUCUUCGAGUGGUGGUGCGAGCAUCACACCGUCAGUCACCAUCACGCCGGCGCCGCCCCCCGCCACACAUGCAGCUCCCAAGCCGGCCCAGGAUAACUCCUCGGUGACCAGUAGUACCAGCGAUGCAGCGAGCUCCCGUAGCUCGGAGGACACACAGACGCCGGCGCAGCGCCAGGCCGCCGCCAAGCUCGCGCUGAGGAAACAGCUCGAGAAGACUCUACUGCAGAUCCCGCCGCCCAAGCCGCCGCCGCCUGAGAUGAACUUCAUCCCGUCGCCCAGCAACACGGACUUCGUGUACCUGGUGGGGCUCGAGCACGUCGUCGACUACCUCACCAACGAGGAUCGCAUGCCGCGCUCGAGCGUCCCCUGCGUAUGCGCGCAGUGCGGCAGCGACUUCACGCCGGUGUGGCGCUGGGAGCGCGCGCCGCCGCGCCGCCAGGACGCCACCUUCGGCGCGUCGCCCGCGCGCCGUCUCUGCGAGCUGUGCGUGUCCGGCAACGUGAAGCGUGCGCUCAAGGCGGAGCACACCGCGCGACUGAAGACCGCCUUCGUGCGCGCGCUGCAGCAGGAGCAGGAGAUCGAGCGGCGGCUGGCCGCGCCGUCGCCGCCGCCCGCGCAGCACGCGCACGCGCCGCCCGCGCCGCACGCCUCGCACGCGCCGCACGCGCCGCAAGCGCCGCACGCGCCGCACGCGCAGCCGCCGCCCGCGCACGCGCUGCACCAUCGCACGCAGCAGAAGAGCCCAUCCACACAGAUGUCAGUGUCGCGGUCGACGCCGCGCGUGGCGGCGCCCACGCCGCCCGCGCCCGCCACUAAGCCGCAGCCCGCGCCCGCCAGCAGCCGCAGCAUCAGUUCGUCGGAGUCGCUGCGCGCGCACCACGCGGAGCGCGCGCGCGACGCCGACCCGCCCGCCAAGAAAGGUAAAGGAUCAUCUUCGAGCGCCAGCAGUCAGGGAAGUAGCAGCAAACAGCAUCAGCUGGCGGCGGCCGCGGCAGCGCAGAUGGCGUUCGAGCAGCAGAGCGCGGCGGCCAUGCAGGCCCUGCAGCACCAGCUGCUUAGAGGGCUCAGCAGCGGGUCGUCGGGCGGCGUGUCACCGGCGGCGGCGGCGGCCGCCAUGAUGCAGUUCUCGCCGCUGCUGUACACAUACCAGCUGGCCAUGGCGCAGGCCAGCGCGCUCGGGAAGCGGUCGGGCAAGGGCAGCGGCGGCGGCGCGGCGAUGGCGGCGGAGAUGCAGCGCAUGGCGGAGGCGCAGCGCCAGUACCUGCUGGACAUGAUCCCCGGCCAGCACGCGCGCAACCCCUGGCCCAAGAAC